AUGAGCGCCCAUGACGUUGAUAUGGACGCCGAGUUAGCGCAACUUCUGCAUGAACAAGAGCAAUUUCUAAACCAAAAGAAGACACCAUCAGCUAAAGUAUAUCGUUGUGGGUCUGGUACUAAAGUUUCCGCUUCUAACUCGUCGGAAGACGCGUUUAAAUCGACGAUAGAAGAUGAGUCUCAUGUUCUCAAGGGCGUGAUAGAGCGUCAUGUGACACCUGUGGGUCAGCAGAACGUUGUUUUUGACUUGAAACCGCUAGGGUUUCCACAAGUAACGAGACGAGGCUGUGGACAAAGUCUUUUUGGUCGUAGACGGCGUGAGGCCGCUUCUAGAAAGAAGGAGCAGCUCCAGGAACCUUUAGACCAGGAGAGCAGCGAUAUUGACGCUGUUAACAGUGCUGCAUUACAAGAAAUGAGUUUGCAAGAGAUAGAAGAAGCUCAGCAAAAACUUUUGAGGUCGUUGGACCCGAAACUGAUUGAGAAAUUCAAGAAUCGACGAAAGAAAAAUGACAAGAAGGAAAUGAAACAAAUGAUAAAAUAUGAGCAAGAAGCAGAAGAAGAGAAGGAUCAGAUACAGAAGGAAGAGAGGAUCAAGAAUUUGGCUGCGGUCAAGACGGAAGAAGAACUGAAACAACAGGUGGAACUUCUUCCUGAGGAAGAACGCGCUAAACUUGAAUGGACGCAGAGCACGAAAGAGACAACGAAAAAGUAUGAACGUGGCAAGAAAGUUGCACGUCCUAUGGCAGAAGAUGCGACGCUUGAACGCUUUGAUCUAGAUGGAAAAGUGUUGACAGCAACAGAUUCAGAGCUGCCGAAACAUUCAGGCUUGUUCCACCACGGCGAUGACCCAGAUGCGGCUGGGUACACAUUACCGGAGCUAUUGCAUCUUGCUCGCAGCUCUGUGGCUAGCCAGCGCGCUAUGGCACUACAUGUCGUGGCCAGAGUUUUGCGUAAUCGUCAACUGCAGGCAAACGCUUCACUUUCUGUGGCACCGCGAGUGCUCCCUCGUGACUUGGUCAUAACACUGCGGAUCAUGCUGGAUGAUCAGAAUUACACAGCUCUAAGUGAUGGUGUGUCUGCACUUCACGCCUUUAUUGUGCCUGUAGAAACUGAUGAUUGUGCACUCGACAAAUGUUACCUUACGGAGUUAAAGAGCGGCACCAUUGUACUUCCUCCAAAAGUUCAUAUUCAUCAAAACGGCGUCGGAGAUCAAGCGAAGAGUAAAGAAUACUACGCGUACGAAGCUGAAGAAGUGGUUUACAUUGACACAGCCGAAGGUGACGAUGGAUCUAGCAUCAGUGACGAGGAUUUGGCAGCCUUGGACCCGGUACAAGCACUUCUCAACAUGGACAUUGUCACACGAUUGUUGUACAUUCUCGAGACUAUUCAACUUCCGGACCUAUGUGCUACCGAAAAAAUGCUCGAGAUAUUGAUUGCAGUGGCUCGCCAUUCGCCACGUGCUGCUCACGCGAUUAGCUCAAACGCAAGACUCAUAACGUUAUUGCAGCAGGAGUUCAUUGAGAAUGAACAGGUGUUGACAUUCCAAGAGGGCAACACUCGGUCACUGCGGUUAUCUUUGAAAGCCUUACAACUUGUUCGCGCACUUUGCCAGGGGCAACGUAGCAUAGCUUCUGCUCUCGUCACAAACGGCCUGAUUCAGAGCACAAAGGGCUUUCUAGCGCUUAAAGGAACUCCUACUGGUAAGGAUGACGAGGAAGCUUCGGUACUGUUUACUAAGAUGCAAGUGGAGAGCCUUCGAAUUUGGCGCAUUCUUCUCGGGUAUGGUCUCGACUUCCACUGUUUCGCGUACCUAUUUCCCGUUCUCUCGAAUCUUACGCAGAAUGCCACCGAAAUCUCAACUAUACGAAAGUCGGCUCUCUUUGCUGCACUAGAAGCUUUUUGUGGACUUGGAAACGUGCACGAGGCGCAGCAUUACUUUACCCAAUUGAACUUCUUUCUGGACGCAGCUAGAGAUGAAGCUACCCGAGUUAUCCGUUCGUUGUCUGGAUUAAAUGACGUCAAGGCUGUCGUACUUCUUUCCACUGUGUUGAGAUUUAUUACCGCUGCCAGCGCCCAUGCAACCAAGUACAACUUGGAGACUGGUGGUUUGAUAGAAGUGUUGACGCUUAUUCAGUCAAGCAAGAUGACACGGGAAGUACUGCCUCAGCUUGGUGAAACUGUGGCAACGCGGGAGCUGCUCCUGGCGAUUGUUCAUUUUCAUCGACAAGUUGUUGCCAACGGCUUGCUGCCUGAUGACAUGAAUGAUGACGAGGUCGUGCAGACAUUUUCGCGCGAAGUAAAGGAUCCUUUGCUUGCUGCGGCAACUUCUGCUGCCACUUUAUCUUCUUCCAGGUUUAGCAUCACUUUAAUUCAAGCGUGCGAGCUUACUUUUCUGCUGGGCGAUCUUAUUGCUGCUCAGCAAAAUGAUAUCACACACCUUAACGCGGAGUUCGUGCGGAACGUGUACCGUCAGGCCUUGAUCAAUGUGGAGCGUCUUGGUGCUGGAGGGGAAUACUUGGUUGCUCGUUUGUUCACCAAAGUGUUGUUCCACCAGCGUGUACUUCUGUUGCUCGGCGUGUUUAAUGAGGAAGCUGACGCGACACGCAUGAGUCGUGUGCUGAUUCCAAUUUAUCAGGCUCUUGUAAACACCAGUCUUGAGCAAGAGACACACUCUAUUCAUGUUUUUACCAGCGCUUCGGCGACGGACAAGUUCUCGUACCAUUUGCGCCUCCCUCAAGAGGAGCGAACGUUUAUCCCUAGUAAUCUACCGCUACCGAAUUUCUGGAUGGUGUGUCCGCUUUCACGAAUGGUUUACAGCAAGAGUGGGGAUGGCAAACCGUUAACUAGUGUGGGUCCGACACGGGCGCAGAGUGACGAAAUGAAGUUGAUUGUAAGCGCCACGUGUCGUUUUGUGUUCGAGUUCGAGCGACUGGCGCCACAGAUGUCAUUGGUCUCUUCUAUUGCAGCAUUGCGCCCUGAGGAUAAACUCUUCCACUUGUUUCACGUAUUCUUUGCCGGUAGCGACGUUCUCUUCGACGAUCACGUGGACGCAGCACUCCGCCAACUGCUUCCGAAACUUGUUCAACCUAUACUGCGCUCACCAGAAGACUCGCGAGUACUCUAUGAAGGCAUCCUCUGGAACCUUAAACGUAUUCAAAACCUUGAGUCUGGAAGGGAAGCAGUACCGUCACCGAGUCAAAAUGCGAUGUCUUUCUUGUCGGGUGAGCAGCAGGUGAUGACUUUCGUAGAGAAGCUGGUUGGUGAAUUUACAGCUUCGUCUUUUGGUAAUUCGCACUUUGCUCAAUGCGUGACGUUGCUGAUGACUCGCGAUUUCUCUCUGGCGUUGCGAAAAUUUGUUUGGAAGGAGCUACAGGAAUCCCAUUUGCUCUAUACGCUGGCGCCAUUCGAAGGCUCUACCUCGCAAUUGCUCAAGCGGUGCACACGAGGUGGAACAACGACCGCCGUCGAUUUGAAACUGUUGCAGCUCAUGCAACAAGCGGUAUGCAAGGACCAAGUAUCACUCGCGCAAGGCGCUUUUGCUUAUUCGAUAGCCAUUCACCAUCUCGUUGUCUACCUGUUUGCGGAAGGAGACAACAACACUCUUAGCUCUGCGCGUCAGCUCUUUGCGCAGACACUCGUCGCAGAGGCGUCUCCAGAAAUUUGGCGUCAUCUCCUGAGCUACGACGCAUUCAAAACCCCAUCGCUGAUAACUGACGAACGCGGAACUAUGCUGUAUGAGCGCGUGGCUAGGCUUCGAACGCAAGCGGGGUUCUUGCCGGAUCAGCUAUUAGCAUUUGAGGUCAUUGUGUCUUUGCUUGAAAGCUCAAGUGCUACAAACUAG